AUGCUGUCCGCCGGCCGCCUCUCGUCCAUUCUCCUCCAGCUGACCCUGCUGUCCGCUGCCCAGGCUGGCAUCAGUCCAAAUGCCGCGGGGCUUGGCGAUGCAGGUAGCCUUCUCCCGGGGUCAAGGUUCCCGCUCAUCCCGAAAGACCUCGCCGCUCGCUCUCCACCAAUCGAGCCGGCAUUCGAUCGUCGCCAGGCCGCGGGCGACGGCUGCGGCUCGACCGCCGGAAAUACCUCCUGUGGCGCCGGCCUCUGCUGUUCUGCUGCUGGCCUCUGCGGCACCGGCCGCGAUUUCUGCGACGCUCCGGACUGCCAGUUCGAAUUCGGGCCCGCCUGCGACGCGAACGCGGUGCCGUCCGGGGCGAACACGACGUCGGUCCCGCGGCCCCGUUUCGGCAGCGUGCUGUACGGCGGCGGCGGUGUCACCGUGUGCAGCGAGCCAGGCACCAUCGCCAUCACGUACGACGACGGGCCGUACGUCUACACGUCGGAGCUGCUGGACGUGCUGAGCGCCAAUGGCGUGCCCGCCACCUUCUUCGUCACGUCGGUCAACCUCCACAAGGGGGGCGUCGACAACGCGAGCACCGAGUGGCCCGGCAUCCUGCUCCGCAUGCGCGACGACGGCCACCAGAUCGCCAGCCACACGUGGAGCCACCAGAACCUGAACGACAUCACCAGCAGCCAGCGCUUCGAUCAGAUGGUCAAGGACGAGAUGGCCUUCAGGAACGUGCUCGGGUAUUUUCCCACCUACAUGCGCCCGCCCUACAACACCUGCCUCCGCACCGCCGGCUGCGUCGAUGACCUCGAGACGCUCGGGUACCACAUUAUCAAAUACAACGUCGACACCCUUGACUACCUCAACCUGACCCCGGACACGAUCCAGAACUCCAAAGACAUCUUCUCCGACGCCCUGGCCGGGGGCGACUCCAACUCGUCCGCCUUCAUCGUCGGCAACCACGACAUCCACCCGCAGACGGUGUCGAACCUGACGCAAUUCAUCAUCGACGAGGGCAAGGCGCAGGGGUAUACGUUCAAGACGGUGGGAGACUGUCUGGGCGACCCCGAGGGCAACUGGUACCGGGAUCCCGCGACGGGAGAGGCGAUUGGCAGCAGCAGCGGCAGCAUCAGCAGCAGCAGUGCUGCCGCCAAGCGGGCGUCCAGGAAUCCGGUCGCCUUCCUCGCGUAG